UUUGUUCCCUUAAUUGUAAAACAGAAAACAACUCCAAAACGAGAAACUUAAGAAACAACAAAACGCAGUACGCACCGAACGUUGUUAAUGCGAGAAAAACCAAGUAAACUUUACGUUUACCGAAAAUAAAAUUACAGUGUUUAAUUAUUGUUGCUGCUUAACAAAACAAUUAAGCACAGUCGGUAGCAGCAAUUUUUGCGAAAUUCCAAACAAUAUCCAAAAAAAAAGACGUUUUUGAAACGUUAACUGUUUAACUACAAAAAAUAAAAACCACCUACAACAAAACUUUACAGAGAUGGCAACUCAGAAAGAUGAUCAUACAGCCCUGGAUUUAAUCAUCAAAUCCCUCAAGUCCCCCACUAUGGUAUGUGAGGGGACGCAUUUCGAUGGCAAGAUACCCCAUACAUUUGUGAUAUUCGGUGCUUCGGGUGAUUUGGCCAAAAAGAAAAUUUAUCCCACUCUCUGGUGGCUUUAUCGGGACGAUCUCUUGCCCAAACCAACAAAAUUCUGCGGCUAUGCUCGUUCCAAGCUAUCCAUUGAGAAGCUAAAGGAGAAUUGUAAACAAUAUAUGAAACUCCAACCGUAUGAACAGGCCAAAUAUGAUCAGUUCUGGGCACUCAAUGAAUAUGUCGCUGGCAGCUACGAUGGGCGAACUGGUUUUGAGCUACUCAAUCAGCAGCUGGAGAUUAUGGAGAACAAAAAUAGAGCGAAUCGAAUUUUCUACUUAGCCUUACCCCCCAGUGUUUUCCAUGAGGUCACGUCCAAUGUCAAGGAGAUUUGCAUGUCGGUUUGUGGCUGGAAUCGUAUAAUUGUGGAAAAACCUUUCGGGCGUGACGAUGUCACAUCCAAGGAAUUGAGUGAUCACUUGGCUGGUUUAUUCGAUGAGGAGCAACUGUAUCGCAUUGAUCAUUAUCUAGGCAAGGAAAUGGUUCAGAAUCUAAUGACCAUACGCUUUGGCAAUAAGAUCUUGAGCUCAACAUGGAAUCGCGAGAAUAUUGCCUCCGUGCAGAUAACCUUCAAGGAGCCAUUCGGAACUCAGGGUCGUGGUGGCUAUUUCGAUGAAUUCGGCAUUAUACGCGAUGUGAUGCAGAAUCAUUUGCUGCAAAUACUCUCGCUGGUGGCCAUGGAGAAGCCAGUUACCUGCCAUCCCGAUGAUAUACGCGACGAGAAGGUCAAAGUGCUAAAGAGCAUUGAGACCCUGAAAUUGGAUGAUAUGGUUCUGGGUCAAUAUGUUGGCAAUCCAGAGGGUCGCACCGAGGAUGAGCGUACUGGUUACUUGGAUGAUCCGACGGUUGACAACGAUUCAACCACACCAACCUAUGCUCUGGCUGUGCUUAAGAUCAACAACGAACGCUGGCAGGGAGUACCCUUCAUUUUGCGUUGCGGCAAAGCGCUGAAUGAGCGCAAGGCCGAGGUUCGUAUUCAAUAUCAGGAUGUACCCGGUGACAUUUUCGAGGGUAGCAGCAAGCGUAAUGAACUUGUUAUUCGUGUCCAGCCGGGCGAGGCUUUGUACUUCAAAAUGAUGACCAAGAGUCCUGGCAUCACAUUCGAUAUUGAGGAAACCGAAUUGGAUCUUACCUAUGAGCAUCGCUACAAGGAUUCGUAUCUGCCCGAUGCCUAUGAGCGUCUCAUACUGGAUGUCUUCUGCGGUUCCCAAAUGCAUUUCGUUCGCUCCGACGAGUUGCGCGAGGCUUGGCGGAUAUUCACACCCAUUUUGCAUCGCAUUGAGAAGGAGCACAUCAAACCGAUUGCCUAUCAGUAUGGAUCGCGUGGACCCAAGGAGGCUGAUCGCAAGUGCGAGGCCAGCAACUUCCUGUACUCCGGCUCAUACAAAUGGCAUGGCGGCAAAUGAGCAAGUUGUAGCAUUAAUUACGGAUCGGAUAGAUUGAAUAAGUUGUUGUGGAUCGGUUCAAUACAUGGGAGCACAUGAUAAUUGUGAUUUUGUUUAUAUUGAAAGGCUUUAAGGAUAAUGAAAGAAAACCCAACUGAAAUCAAGACGUUUGACUAUCUUUUGAUUUUAGUUACUUUCAUUUAUUUUUGACUUUCUCUAAGUUUACUUAGUAGUUACAGUUACUUUUGAUCAUAAUAUUAUAAUUUUUUCUCCUUGUUUUUGUUUUUUUUUUUAUUAAUUUUGUUUUACUCUACUUUAAUUUUUUGAUUUUGUACAAAAUAAUUUUGUAUUAAAUAUAUAUAUGGGAAUGUUUUUCUAUACCCUACAUUUAAAUUGAAA